AUGGUCUUACCACCAGGAACACGAGAACGACAGGAAAUUAUCUCUGUUAUCAGAAAAAAUGGUGAUUUCGUAUUUAAUUCUGACAGACGCUUCAACGAUGGCUCCUUGAUCGUUUGUAGACGACCAACCCCAAAGAUGAGAAAGACGACAGAAGAUUUCACCGUUUGUGCUAACUGCAAGGGUCAGUACUCAAAAUCUGUCGUACGACAUCAUUUUCGUGAGUGUGCUAAACAUGAUGGGAAGAAUCAGCGCAUUGUAUUGGUAAAGGGAAAGAAAAUUGCUGCUCGAGUGCACUCCCGAGCGAGCGUCGAUGUUCGAAACAAAAUUUUUCCAUAUUUGAGAGAAGAUGAGGUCGUUAAGAGUAUACGAUACGAUGAACUGGUUACCUUGUAUGCGAAUAAAAUGUGCGAGAAGCAUGGAACUCAUCAGCAUCUUUUCCAGAUGAUUGGAGCUAAAUUGCGUCUUUUGGGUCGAUUUCUCAUUGCAAUACGAAAGAUUGAGAAUCGUAUUGAAAAUUUCAGUGACGUUUAUCAACCAAGAUUUUAUGAUGCAGCUGUGGACGCUGUUCGAGUGGUAGCAAAAUUUGACCCUGAGAAGAAAAUCUUCGACGCUCCAGCAGUUGCUGCAGGAUAUGGCACACUUUUAAAGAAGAUGUUCACAUGUCGGUCUCACGCAAUUUCAACUCUGGUAGUCGUAGUAGCAUUUACUAUUCAAUUCAUUCAUACACAGUCCGAUGUAUAUCAGUAUGGUAACAAACGUCAGGCUGGCUCAUCUGCGCACAAGUACUGCGGCAAACAUCUAUCAAAUGCUUUGCAGUUAAUCUGUGACGGUCUGUACAAUCCAAUGUUCAAGAAAAGUGGCCAAGGAAUAGAAAUGGAUGACUAUCCGUACAUGUACGACUUCCCUUUUCGAACACGAGCAACGGCGAAUACGAUGAUGGGACAAGUCUCCGGUAAAAGAUUUCGUCGUCAAUCAAGGGGUGUUCACGACGAGUGCUGCGUCAAGUCGUGCUCCAUAUCCGAGUUAACGAGUUACUGUGGUCACUAGAGAAAUACCAAUCAACAGCUUUGUAGCAUACAAAACCAAAAAAAGCCACACAUUGGAAUGAGAGAAUAAAAUGAUUGGAAAGAAAACUCAAUAAAAGAAAUUAAUUGUCUUAGUUAUUCUGGAACAAACACUCCGAUCUCCCUGAGGACCCCAUGAGCAUCUUCUAAAAAACGGAAAGCCAAUCACAAAAAAAAGAAAUAAAACGAGUUGCCUCCUAAGUAUCAUUAAUAGAAUAUCUUAGACAAUGCUGUACAUCGUCUUUGCAUACCAGCAUUCGUUUUGUCUCAUUCAUCGGUUUACUCUUCUUGGCUAAUUAGUUUCCCA